CGAGUCUCGUCUGGGGAGUUGAAGAGAACUCGAAGUCAUCCUCGCCUUACCUGCUCAUUCCACAGCCCAAACACUCGUUUUCACGGCAUACCUUAGCCAUCCACUCUCUUUUCAAGAUGCACUUCACCAAGGUUGUUCUGGCAGUUGUCCUGCCCUACAUGGCCGCCGCCAACACCCACGUCGGCUGCAAGUGCAACACAGGCGACGGCACAUGCCUCGAGGCCGCCUGCAACGGAUACUCGGGCGCCGGUGUCUUCUUCAACAAGCCCAAGGGCCACGAGGAUACCGUCUUUUCCCAAGUCAAGGAUGGCAAAUGCUACGCCGUGUACAACAACGGCAACGAGUUCUUGACUUUCGAGGGACUCGGUGGCAAGGAGUGGAGGGCCAAGUGCGAGGAGCACUGCAAGGGUGGCUCUACUUGCUAAGUCGUGACAGAGUUACGGAGUUUCUCUUUUUCGCG